AUGCUGCUUUCUGUAGUAAAGGGAAAGUUAGAAAGAGUGCUUGAUAAAAAUCCACAAGAUCUUGUUCGCGGAAUUAGGAAGCACGGUGUGGAUGAGGCCAAAUAUAUAGGUCAAUGUCUAGAUGAAAUUAAAAAUGAGUUGAAAGACAGUUCAUUUUCAGUCAAGGCCAAUGCUAUUAGCAAAUUAUUAUACAUUCAAAUGCUUGGUUAUGAUACCAGUUGGGCUGUGUUCAAUAUCGUUGAGGUUAUGAGUUCUCAGAAAUUCACCUUCAAACGUAUAGGGUAUUUAGCAGCUUCUCAGAGCUUUCAUUCUGGUACAGAUGUCCUCAUGCUUGCCACCAAUCUUAUUCGCAAGGAUUUAAUGAGCUGUAACUUGUAUGAUGCUGGAAUCGCCUUAUCAGGUGUUGCAUGUUUCAUUAAUCCAGAUCUUGCCACGGAUUUGUACUCUGACAUUCUAAGUCUGAUGAAUUCUCCAAAACCAUAUUUACGAAAGAAAGCCGUAUUAUUAUUAUACAAAGUUUUCCUUAAUUAUCCUGAAGCACUUCGUAUUUGUUUCCCACAGUUGAAAGAUAAGCUGGACGAUCCAGACCCAGGUGUACAAUCAGCGGCUGUUAAUGUAAUAUGUGAAUUGGCACGUAAAAAUCCAAAGAAUUACCUAUCACUUUCACCCAUAUUUUUUAAACUUAUGACUACAUCAUCAAAUAAUUGGGUUCUUAUCAAAAUCAUUAAAUUGUUUGGCACAUUGACACCUUUGGAACCAAGACUAGGCAAAAAGCUAAUCGGACCGUUGACCAAUUUAAUUCAUAGUACUUCAGCAAUGUCAUUGUUAUAUGAAUGUAUAAAUACAGUUGUUGCAGUAUUAAUAUCAAUAUCUUCUGGAAUUCCUAGUCAUCAAGUUUCUAUACAGUUAUGCGUUCAAAAAUUACGCAUCCUAAUUGAAGAUUCAGAUCAAAAUUUAAAAUAUCUUGGACUAUUAGCAAUGCGUAAAAUUCUGUUAUAUCAUCCACAAAGUGUACAACCUCAUAAAGAUUUAAUAUUAGGUUGUCUGGAUGAUAAAGACGAAUCGAUUCGAUUGCGUGCAUUGGAUUUACUACAUGGUAUGGUAUCAAAAACUAAUCUAAUGGAUAUUGUUAAACAUUUGAUGAUACAUAUUGGCAAUUCGUCAUCUGGUUUACAUUAUCGUAAUGAAUUAUUAAGUAAAGUUGUGUAUAUAUGUUCACAAGAUAAUUAUCGUAAUGUUACAUCAUUUGAAUGGUAUGUUACUGUUCUUGUGGAAUUAGCUAGCAUUGAUGGUAUUCGAAAUGGUGAAUUAUUAGCUGCUCAACUUAUGGAUGUUUCUAUCCGCGUACCGACUGUUCGAACUUUCUGUGUUGAACAAAUGGCUAUAUUACUGGAUAUUAGUCAGUCGUUAACAAGCGGAGGUAAACAAAAUGCUAUUCAAGAAACACUUCGUGCAGCAGCAUGGAUAUGUGGCGAAUAUGCGGAUAGUCUAAACAAUCCAGAACAAACAUUGAAUUCACUUGUUUCAAUUGCCCUUGAACUACCCGGUCUAUCUAGUUCAAUUCAAGCCGUUCUUAUAUUCAAUGCUUUUAAAAUAUACAGUGUUGUCAUUAAAAGUAUGACUUGUAAAGCUAUUCAAAGCUUACCUUCGACGUUUACAAAUAAAAAGUAUCAAGAAAACGGUGAACAUUUAAUUGAUAUGAGUGACAACGAACAUCAUAAUAAUACUGAAACUGUAGAUGAUCAAGUUACAAGUUUAAAGACUCUACAAAAUUUAAUUAUUCAUCUGAUAAAGUUGACAAAUUUUCUUAUGGAUAAAUUUAUCCAGUAUGUUCAUUCAUCUGAUUUAGAAGUUCAAGAACGUGCUGUAUCGAUUCACCAAGUAUUGAGUUUAGUGUCGAAGCGUUUUACAAAAAUCCAAUCCUUUUUAUCCAGUUCAUCAACUUUACAGCAAAAUAAUAAUCCGUCAACAUUAAUUUUGGACAGUGAUUUUUCUUCACCUUCACUAUCCAAUCAUCAAUCAUUGGAUAAUUUACCUGAUCAGUUUCAUAAUUCUCAACUCACCAGUUCUUCUAUUAAUAUUACUAAUGUCAAUAACAAUACAGGUGACAACAGGGUCGACACACAACUUCAUUCACGAAGUAAUUCAAUUCAAAUGGAUACUAUGCCUUCACUUACCUCCAUAGUAUCACCAACUGUGAUUCUCAAUUUAAUUCAAUCAAUUAUAAAUGAACUAAGUGCUUUGUUCACCGGUGAAAUCAUCCCUGUAGCACCAAAAGCUCAGAAAAAAGUUCCUAUUCCCGAAGGGUUAGAUUUAGACGCUUGGAUUAAUCCACCAGUACCAGUUCGUAAACAACCGUGGACGAAUGCACUAGAUUUUAUUGGGAAAUCUAUAAAUGACACUGAUGAUCAUCGUUCUAUUCAUUGGAACAACGAAUUGGUCAAUAAUGAAUGUGAUAUAUUCUUCGGUUUACAAGAUAGUAAAUCUCAAACUGUUCAACUAACAGCUGAACAGUUGGAGGAGAUGCGUUCAAAACGGUUGCAAAAUCAACAAAACAAUCCUAAUUACUUAAAACCGGUAAAUCCUAAAAAGAAUAAUUUAGAGAACUCCUUAAAUGAACAACAAAAUGAUGUUAACUUAAUCAAAAAUGGUGUUGAACAGUUAAGUCUAAAUGUAACUGAUUCUAACAAACAAUAUUGUCAAACACAAAGUAAUGCGCGUAAAUUGGCUACAUCCGAUCAGUUCGCUGCUGAAAUGCGUAAAAAGUUUCAAACUGCUGCGUCUGAUGUAGAACGAAAAUUAAGAUCAACAACGAAGAGCAAUCAUUCGAAAAACAUCCAUAAGAAAAAACAUCCGAUCAUAUCACCACCACCAUCUUCAUUAACAAUUAAUAAUAAUUCUAAAUCGACUAAUCAGGUUGAAAAUACUCAGGAAGAAAAUAAAAUAGAUUAUAUUAUAAAAGACAAAUUUACUUCACACGUUGUUCGUUGUGAUUAUGAUAUGCCCGAGGGAGUGUCAAUAGAUAAUGAAUCGCUAAGUGAUACUGAAAACGCUAAUGAUCCACAUCAUCGACUAAAUAUUGUAUUGGAUAAUAUUAUUACACAAGAUAACAAUAAAUUGCCACAUUCUACUCCAUCUCAACAUAGUAAACAUUCGACAAUUCACAAGACUUCACCAAAGAAGUCUUCAAAAUUAUCGUCUAAACACCAUAAAAUGAAUAAAGAAAUGGUGAAUAAUAAUCAUCAACUAGUCAAUGAAUCAAGAUCUUCCGAAUAUAUUAAUUAUGAGAAUUUAUUGAAUAACAAUGAUAAUAAUACAACUUAUCAUCGAUCAGGCUAUGAAGCAUUCGACUCAGAUAUAAAACAAACUGAAAUAUUAUCAUCACAAAAAGUCCGUUUGAAAUCAUCAUUAAAUUCUCAUCAUCAUCAUCAUCAUCAUAGUGAUAAUGAUAAUAAUAGUAAAGACAAACAAUUCCCUGAUAAUUCACCAAUACCAUCCGUUCCAUAUGGUAAUAAAUCCAUUAUUAGUAGUAACAAUGAUAAUAUAUCUAUACCUGAAACUAAGUUCUGUAUAUCAUCAGCAGUAAUAAAUAAUGACAUAUUCACUUCCCUUUUGUCAACCGGUGAAUUGAAUUCAUUUCAAUCAGCAAAAAUUUGUUGUCCUAGUUUAUUGUCAGUUAUUCGUCAAUCAGAAAAGUCCAAUUCUCUAAUAAUGCAUACAAAUAAAAUUUUUGCACAAAUAAUAUCUGUACUUGAAAAGAAGAUACCAUGUUUAGUAAUUGAGUCUUUGGAUAAUCGUGCCGCUUCACUCUACACAGAAUACAUUCCACUCAGAGAACCGUUAUGCAUCUUAAUGAAAAUAUCCUUUACUACUGGAACAAUACGAAUCGAUAUUCGAUCUACCAAGGAGGAUGCGGUGCAUUCAUGUGUUGCACAAUUAACAAAUCUAGUCAAACAGAUCAAAUUCGACCUAUGA